AGCACCUGAUCGAGGCGGCUUUUCUGGAAACUUUCCAGCGGAAUCUCUAAAAAAUACUAAUAAUGGCUCACAAAUUUCGCUUCAUUUUCAAUUUUCUUGUGAUAAUUGUAGUUCUAUCUGAGGGGGUGAAUACUCUACCAGUACAGGGAUCGCUUCAGUUGGACUCUCUGACUUUUGAUAAGGUCAUCAGUCGCUUCAAAGCUGUCUUGGUCAAGUUUGAUGAGUCGUAUCCGUAUGGAGAGAAGCAGGAAGAAUACAAGGUCGUUGUUGCAAGGGGCAGCUCCCAGCCAGAUUUGAUCAUCGCCGAGGUUGGAAUUUCAGAUUACACAGAUAAUGGAAGCAAGGAGCUAGCAGAAAGGUUCGGUAUUGCAAAAGACGACAGGCCAGUCUACAAGCUCUUCCUCCAGGGCCAGACUGACCCCAUUGACUACACGGGAGAGAUCAAAAGCAGCAGCAUCUUGGAGUUUGUCAGGGAACGCUCGGGACUCUGGAUCGGCCUAGAGGGCUGUCUCGAAAACUAUGACAAGCUGGUCGAGAAGUUUGUGAAAGGAGACGAAAAAGAGCAGAGGCGAGUUUUGGAGGCAGCCAAAGAUGGGCAGGAAAAACUGUCGACAGACGAAGAGAAGAAAUCGGCCAAUGUCUACGUCAAGAUGAUGGAGAAGAUGUUGGAGAAAGGCAAGGGCUUCGCUGCGACGGAGGUCGAACGAGUCCAGAAACUCCUCAAGGAGAAACUGACAGCGGCCAAGAAGAAGCUUUUUGAAGUCAAACAGAACAUUCUCUUGUCUUUUAAGUCAUUUGUGAACCGAAAGGAAGAACUUUGAUAUUUAAAUGUUAUUGUCGUUUUUUUUUAACCAAUAACAAAAUUAUUCCUUGAGUUUUCAGCAAUACAUCUGGCCAGAGUGAUAAUCAUAUUUUGUUUCGUUGAUAAGAAAAUUUGGUCGUUUUAUUUACAUUUUUGUAAUGUAUGACAAACAAAAUUAGCCGUAGAGUUACAUCAAUAUUGGAAUCAAUAAAUCAAAUCAUAAGAUAAAUACUAGUUUGGUGGCAAACAAAAAAUUAAUUUGCAGUGAAAGUUUUCAAUUUAUUCCAGCACCCAUUAAUAAUCAAAUACCUGUAUGACAUUCCAAUAUCUGGCCCUAUCAGUCAAAUUAAUUGAUAAAUUAUAUUAUUGUAAGAUUCUACUAAGAUUCAGUUUAUAUUUGCAUAUUCUUGGUGUAUUCCUACAACUUGAUCUUUUUUAAAUGAUAGGGUGUUGCAAUUUACAUCUUAAGGUAAGGCCAAAAAAAAAUAGUCGGUCUCUGGUCAGACCAAAGUUCCGGAAUUGAU